ACAUUAGCAUCUGGUAGUGGAGAUAUGUCUAUCCGUUUAUGGAAUGUUAAGACAGGAUAAUAAAUAGCUAAAUUAGAUGGCCAUUCAUCAACAGUUUAUUCAGUCAAUUUCUCACCUGAUGGAAAUACAUUAGCUUCUGGUAGUGAUGAUAACUCUAUUCAUCUUUGGAAUGUAAAAACAUCAAAGGAAAUACUCCAAUCAGAUAGCAGCUAUAAAGAUUUGCUUGCCUAGUUCAACAUACCUCUUUAGAAUAGCUCCUUAUUGCCAAAUUGUAUGUAUUAUUAAUUAUUUUUAGUUAAUCCUUAUUGCACAAUACUUGUAAUAUGUUAGAAUCCUUGGUUAGAAGCAUCAGGAACACUUAUCUUAUAAGGACAAUUCAUAAAUUAUUAAGGGAUAGAUUUAAAACCAUUGUUUAAAUCUAAAGGAAGUUGCUUUUUAGAAGACUUAAAGCAAAAGUAGUGAAUUUGAAUAUUCAUUAAAAACAUUG